AUGACUCGCACCCUAUGUACCCUCGGGUUUCUGUUCUUUCUAUCUCUAGAUUUCGUUUCUGCACGCCACGUUCCUCGAAGCUGCCACCCUCACAGUAGCAGGUCUAACAGUAACUCCGGUACCCACCCGUCGUCUAGCGUCAUUGCUGUGGGUAGUGCACCUCCUGCACCCGCCCCGAGCACCAACGGCAGCUCCUCGUGUUUCCCGUCUGCGGGUUUCAUCAUGCCGUCUACUGUUCCCAGCUCGACCGAUGGUUGGUGGUGUUCUCCAAAUACUGAAUAUGCAUUCCUUGGAUUCAGUUAUGAAGUCACUGCUUGUGCGACCAUCGUCUCUCCUGAGAUUCGCCAAUCUCUAACCAAGCUCAACAGUGACUUUGCUGAUAUCAAGAACACCUUUGGAUCGCGAUACGUCCGCCUUUAUGGUGCUUGUGAUAGAGACGGUUUCUAUGAUGAUAUUGUCAGCGCUGCAUGGGCUACAGGUCUUGGCGUUCACGCUCUGAUUUGGUUUGGAUUCGAUGGAGGCAAUCAGUGGAUGGCUCGCCGUGACUCAUUGGUUUCUUCGCUCACCAGUAACCCCAAGGCCAAGUUCGUCACUCGAGGCGUCCAAUUUGGUUCUGAGCCUCUGUUCGAUAACGUACUGCCGCAUUCGGAGCUUGCAUCUCAGGUCACGUCUUUGAAAUCCAAGCUUCUUGGCGUUGGUAUCCCUGUUACUGUCAGCGAACUCGCAUACGGAUACCAGGAGCGCGGUGGUGCUCAAGACGUCCUCAAUGCUAUUGACUUUAUCAAUAUUCAUAUGCUCCCUUUUUUCUCGGCCCUUGCAACGUUUGGUGCUGCUGCAUGGCCGCUCGUUGAGACUGACAUGAACUGGUUUAUCGAACAUGGCAAUGGCAAGAAAAUGUACUUUGAUGAGAAUGGCUGGCCCGCCGUCACUUCGCCUGGUGUUCAGCCUAAUAGCAUCCUUGCCCAGGCCUCGGUAGCCAACGAGGAGGGCUACUUUUCUAUGCUCGAUAGCCAUUGCGAAGAUCUCAAACUCGGCCCUCAGGGUGGUAUCGGUUGGUUCGCUCAUAUCUACAGCGACGAGCAGGAGCCUGGCUAUGGCAUCUAUGACGAUGCUGGGAAAAAGAAAUUCCCCUUCAAACCUCGCACGUCUUGCUAG